UAAGCUGUAAGCAAAAUAAGAAAGCUGAAAUGACUCUUCCAACUUCAGUGGAGAUUGAACAAGUGAGUGAGCAGUGAGGUGAAAAGACUUGAUUUCUCAUUUUGAAGCGAACUAUUCCUCUAACAGGCUCAGCGGAGCCGUGUGCAGACUGUAAAGGUAGGGGGUGGAGGUGUGUGUCGGGUAGGGGGAGUGUCGGUGAAUGAAGGGAUAAACGGAGUUUGUUUUGGAUGGGGGACAGCCGGGGGAAGAGUAGCAGAGGGAGCAGAGACCGUGAGAGAGUCAGCGGCCAGUGAACGACCAGCAGCUGGACGGAACCACGACGAAACCACGAUGUACUCCCAGCUCUGUCCAUACAUCCUCUGGGUCCUGCUGCUCCUCGGCAUCCCUGCUGCACACAUGGCAAAAUGUCCAGAGGAGUGCGUCUGCGACCAGAUCCAGCUCACUGUGACCUGCGUCAACAAGAACCUGACCCAGGUUCCUCCCACUGUAGACGAGAUCACAGUGAAAUUAGACCUCAGAGGUAACGACAUUCAGGAACUUCCCACCGGGGCUUUCAAACACACCCCGUACCUGACUCACCUGUCGAUGCAGCGCUGUAACAUCCGCAGGGUGAAGGAGGGGGCUUUCCGCGGCCUCGGCCGUCUGGUCUUCCUCAACCUGGCCAACAACAACAUUGAGAUCCUCUACCAGGAGUCAUUCGACGGCCUGUCCUCACUGAAGCAGCUUAUGAUCGACCGCAACCGUGUGGAAGAGAUCCAGCCUGGAGCUUUCUCUCAGCUCGGCUUCCUCAACCUGCUCUCCCUUACACACAACCAGCUGGUCUACAUCCCCAACAUGGCCUUCCAGGGCUUGCAGAACAUCAAAUGGCUCCGUCUUAGUCACAACUCUCUGAACUACCUGGACACAGAGGCCUUCGCUGGUCUGUUCACGCUCACCCGUCUUAGUCUGGACCACAAUGAGCUGCAGUUCUUCCCCUCUGAGACCAUGACCAGACUGCCAGAGGUGACCCGUCUCGAUCUGAGCUACAACCCAAUGACUUACCUUGGAGAAGAGGUGGUGUCCAUGGCCAAACUGACCCACCUCUUCCUGGACCACAUGUCCCUGCAGGACCUAUCUAACACAGCAGUAUCAAAAUCCCCCAGCCUCAUCCACCUGGACAUCAGCUACAACCAGCUGCGUGUCAUCCAGCCCUUCUCUGAAGGUUCACCCAAUCUGGCACGCGUCAACCUGGCUGGGAACCCCAUCUACUGCAACUGCUACCUACGUCCGCUCAGGGAAUGGGCGAUCCGUGGCAAGGUGAAGCUGAUGGGAACAUGUGGAGGACCGGCCCAUCUGUCAGGAGAGAACCUGGAGGCCGUUUACCCCCCUGAGCUGCGUUGUCAGAGCCAGGAGGCCAUGCUGAAGGCAGAGUUCGAGGAGGCAACCAGGAUCACGCCACCGCCCACUGUAGAGCCAGAGAACAAGGUCAAGUGUCCUGCCAACUGUAUCUGCGAGGCUGAGACACACCACUCCUCGUGUGAGAACCGCGGUCACACCAAAGUUCCUCGGGGUUUCUCUCCCACCACGCGUCUCCUUGACCUGCGUGGCAACCACUUCCACUACAUCCCUGGCAACAGCUUCCCUGGUGUUGCCCAGGUGGUGUCCUUACAUCUGCAGCGCUGCAAGAUCGUGGAGGUAGAGGGAGGGGCUUUCAGUGGAAUGAAGGGGCUGAUCUACUUGUACCUGUCGGAGAAUGACCUCUCUUCCCUCAGCCCCGAUGCCUUUAAAGGCCUCCCUCAGCUGACUUACCUCCACCUGGAGAAGAACCGCCUCACCGGUUUCCCCAAAGGAGCCUUCAAACUGGUGCCCAGCCUGCUGGCGCUUCACUUGGAGAACAACGCUAUCACCAAGCUGGAGCCGGACACCUUGACCGGAGCCUCAGGCCUCAGAGCCCUCUAUCUCACCGGUAAUGCCAUUGAUCACAUGUCACCCAGGGCUCUGCACCAGGCCAGUGACCUUGAUACGCUCCAUUUGGGAGGAAACAAGCUGGACGAGGUGCCCACUGAAGCACUGAGCAAGGCGGGAAACCUCAGAGACCUGAGGCUGACUGGGAAUCCCAUUCGGUGGGUGGGGCCAAAUGCCUUUCUACCACUGGAGAGGUCCCUGAAGGAGCUGUAUCUGAAUAACAUGGGACUGGAGAAGAUGUCGCAGAACUCCCUGGCAGGACUGGGUCCAGGGUUGAGGAGUCUUUUCCUGGAAGGCAACCAGCUGGAGGAGUUGCCUAACUUCCACCCCCUCACUUCUUUGGAGGUCAUCAACCUGGCCAACAACCCUCUGAUGUGUGACUGUCCUCUGCUGCCACUACGCUUGUGGAUUGAGAAAGUAAACCUGAAGGUACGAGCCACUUGUGCCAAUCCCCCUGAGCUCAAGGGUCGCAGGGUCAAGGACGUCCACAUCUUCAAAGCCUGUCCUGGGGGCGAGAGCCUCCCCUCCGCCCCAACAGUCACCCCAAAGCCCGCCAAGGCCCCCAAAGCCACCAAACCCAAACCAAUGCACCUCAACAGCCUUCGGCAAGUCAAAAUGCUCAAGGCCAAAUCCAAACUUCGUAAAAGCCCCAACGCAAAACCGGCAGCAUCCAAGAAAACCGCCAAGAGACGCAGCAUGGCCUGAACCUGUUGCCUUUUGAACUGAUGUUCUGAGACCACAGCAACUGUUGGAAGAUUUCGUGGUUAAACCACGGAGUCAACUAAAACUGUAACCUCUGCUGACUUUGAAAGCUGUAGCUGCUGAGGCUGUUUCACAUCUCCUGCCAGCCAGUUCCCCUCAGCCAGCUUUUUUGCAGUAUUUCCUCUUUGCUGUCUAAUCAAUAGUGUUGAAAAAGGGCAAAAAGAUUUUUUUCACAUCAUCCAGGAAACCUACACCGAACACAGAUGCUCUCUGUCAGCGCAGCCCUGCUACGCAUUCACAGCAUUUGAUACACAUUCUCAGCCCGUCAAGUUCCUGAGCAGCACUGUUGAAGGAGGCAAAUGAACUGAAUGUUGUUAGCUUUAGUUAUUUGCUCAAAAACUGAUUUGGCCUUAUGCUAGUAACCACUACAUCACAACUGCAGAAUGUACUGAAUUCAGUGAAUUUCAAGCCACAUUUGUAGAGAGACUCUGAGACAACAUUCAAAUCAGAAAGUUUAGGAACAAUAUAUAUUUUUUUUAUCAGUGAUUUCAUAUUUACAAAGAGAAGACAUCUAGGUAUAAAACAGGAAAAAAAUAAAACAUUACAACAGAAACGUGUCUUCUAUGUCAACCCAGAAUGAACACUUAUAUUUACAGGUUUGAUGUUAAGAUUCAGAAUGAUAAGUCGUGUUAAACUCCAAUAAAACAAAGUCAUUGAAACCUUUCAA